AUGCAAGCACAGAAGAAACGCAAGUACGGCCGCCCGGAACAUCACGUGCCGUACCACGUGUUGCAAGCACACCCACACACCCGCACACGUGACGAGACUAUCCCACGUGACCUCUCUGUGCCACGUGAUAUGCGCAGCGACACUAAUUCCGCAGGUAGCGACACUAAUAUCGGCGUCAGCGUCACAAAUAGUGUUGGUGACAGCGACGUCGCUAAUUUGAGCGCCACAAAUAAUUCGGGAAAUACAAACACCACAAAUCCUUUAGCCACAAUACCAACCGGUCGUCGUCAUUCACAAGCUUGUGAUAGAUGCCGUCUCAAGAAGAUCAAAUGUGAUGGUCUAAUUCCUCAUUGUACCAAUUGUCGGAAGAUCAAUUUCAAUUGUCAAACUACUCAUAAACUAUCUCGUCGUGGGUUACCUAAAGGUUAUACUGAGAUGUUGGAACAAAAACUAACAUCUCUUCAAAAUUCUUUGGCCAACCAAAAACCUUUACCACCAAGACAAUUACAGCCUGGGUUCCAAGAAUUGCUUCAAAAUCCAUUACCGCCACAAACAGAUGAACAUUGGACCAAUGAAUUGAAUUUACAACUGUUGUCCAACCAUUUGACUUUAAACAAAUUCUAUUCGUAUUAUCCUCAAUUUUUGCUUUCCAACAUUUUCAAAAAUAAUUACAAGACUUUAAAUGCUCAUGUCGAUUCUGCGAUUGAUCGAUUUUUCACAUUGCAUAACUCUUUGGUGGAAAUCUUGCCGCUUUCCCUUAAACCCAUGCUUAAAACCGAUUCAUAUAUUGCCAAUUCGUCUUUACUUUUGUUAAUCAAACUAUAUGUGAUUCAAUUCAAUUGGUCUUGUCUUGAUGAGUAUAAGUUGUUUAAGUUAUCUCAAAUCAUCAUUGCCAUUUCUCCACCGUCUGAUUUGAUUCAAAAUGCUUAUGCGAUUGCUAUUUGGUAUUUCAUGUCAAUAAACAAUAAACAGUUCACUACUACUCUUUUCAAUAACUUAACGAAACGUUCACCUUCGUUAUUAUUUUUGGAAUCGCUGUUCAUCACGUUUUCCAAUCAUCAAUUGCCAAGAAACGUUGAAGAGGACCCCACGAUUGUAAAUAUCAUCACGACUCAAUCAACUACUCUGCCUUCAUCACAAUCAGAUUCAGAUACCCCUAUCUUGUCCACUUUUAAAAAACUCAUUCAUCUCUUAUCAAUGUCCACCAUUCAGAACACUUCUGCAGAAAAAGCCAUUCUCAGCUCCACAAUCUUGAACGAUUUCUACACUUUUAUAACUGUCUCUCCUUCACCACCGUCUUACCCUCCUUAUAUAUCAGUCUUACAUCUAUUUCCAUUACCCAUCAUCAAGAUCCAUUCCAUUUGUCUCAUUAACAUUUCCAAUUAUAUUAUCGAUAAUAAUAAUUUGGAUAAUUUCACGUUACAUUCGAUAAAGGAUAAUCUUUUCAACUGGUUGAAAUUCAUUUAUAUCCCAAUUUUUAAUUCCGUAGAUUUACAAGCAAAUAUUCCCUUAUUAAUUGAAAAAUUAUCAAAUUUCUUCAAUUUACAACAGAAUACAACAAACACUUCAACAACUGCAACCACACCUGGUGUUUCAGAUUAUUUUGAAAAUAUUACAAAUUUCAACAAGAUUAAUAUAAAAGUAUUGAGUGGUAUAAACUUGUUAAAGAAAAAUUCCAACGUCAAUAUAAACACAGAUCUGGAUCAAUUCAAUAUUUACUCAAACACUUGUGAUCAUAUGGAAAAUAAUCCUGUCAAUCGUAUUGAUUCUUCACUUUUCCAAUUCUUUUUAAACGCUCAAUCUUCUAAUGAUUUGACUUCCGCACUUUUACAACAACAAAAUGAUAGUACAAAUAAUAUCAUUCAACAAAAUGCAUCUCCAACAACUGCUCAACAGACUUCAAAUAUGGAUUCCAUAUUCAAGGAAUUAGGCGUCACGAAUGUAGAUACCGAUGAUGGGUAUGCUGAAGAUGAUGACGAUGAUGACGAUGAUGACGAAAGUGAAACUUAUCCAGAAGAUGGUAUGGAACCGAUCCCAGGUUUAAAAAAUAAUAAUAAAAAUACUCCUCUAGAGAUUUCAUUCAAUCAUAGAAAGCAAAGUUUAUUUCAAAAUAAAAAAAAUCAACAACAACUUCAACAACUUCAACAACUUCAACAACAACAGCAACAACUCCCACAAUCACCCAAUAUGAAACAUUAUAUCAAUAAUAUUUUGAAUCAACAACAUAUCCCAUUAUCAAAUAGAGAUUAUCCAAAGGGUAAGGAUGAAUCGUAA